AUGACUUUCAAGGACAUCUUUUCUUCACCAAACGUGAUGGUCCAAGUCUGCACACGCGCCUUCACCGACUUCUGUCAUAAUCAUCUUAGUAUACAGAUACAUCACACCCACAAAAGUCAUGCAAAGGAGAUAGAUCGCGUCGAGAGCUCGUCUGGGCCCGCGCGUACGCACGAACGUUUAGCAGAUUCCAAGCCGACAAUUGUUGGUCCUAGGGUGGAACACAAGGACGAGUUCACCUGCAAAGGAGGUGUUGAUGCCGGAAGACUUGUGAAUCUAGCUCGAAAGGGCUUGUAUUCCACAGCGAAGGAGAUGGGAGGUAAUGUCCUCCUCGAAGAAAAAUGGGACUGCGAGAUUCGGCAUCCCAGAUCCCAGUGCCGCGACCAAUUCAAGGUCACAAUUCAUUAUUCCGCCACGGUGGCACGAUCGUUCUGUCCAGACGCACAGAAACCUGUUGAAAUUCAAGCAGCCAAAGGUAUCAAGGGAUUAAUGACCGUUAUAGAUCGUCAACCAGAGUGUUGA